AGGCUCAUCAUUGGUCCCGGAAGAGCGUCCAGAUCUCGGGACAGGUGACCGGAUCUGGGGAAGCGUUCGGGCGAGGAAAUCUGCCAGCGCACUGCUUGGUCGUUUGAUGUUGUCUGUUGCAAGUGGCAAAAUACGCAAAAUGGUUGCUGGUGGGUUUCUCACUAGGUUUCUACUGCCAAUCAGGCAGUUUAAGAAGGAGUGCUUCCUUUUGCGAUCCACAGAUCCACAGUGCACAGUUGGAACCAAAAGGAGGUCCAGAUGUCAGGAGCUUCCGGAUUCUAGUCCUGACAGUUCAACCUCCCUAGCUGCUAAACUAAAGUCUCCACUUCCUUCCCGAAGGAUCACAGUCAUGGAAUUGUUGCCGCAAGAGAUUCAACAUUCCACUCAAGUGCUGCUCUUUCCCUUCAGUAGUAGCCAGCCGAUAAGAAUGUGUUCUUGUCACCCCGUGUACCUGAUAUUAAGAUAUUACUAUGAUAAGCAGUUCGAAACACCGACGUGCGACUGGUAGUGCUGUAAGUGUUCCUGACAUUUCCUAUAGACUUUUGGGCUGAGAGUGUGCGAUUUACUGUCCCUAAGGGAGAGUUGCUAUUUGGGAACCUUUGCCAAGUAGAUGAUGAUCGAGAAUGCAAUAGAGUUAUAUACAUGGCGUAUCCAAGACCAGACUCAGCAACCCUGUUUCUUGGCAAUCAUUUUAAAACAUGGCCUUUCGAACAAAGAAUCUGAAGCCGCUGUGUGUCUUCUUUUCAGGACGACAUCCUCCUGCCAUGUUUUUGGACAUGUUUUUGUUCAGCCAGGGUCCUCACUUUUCGCCAUUGGAUUUGGAGGCGCCAUUGGGGGGGUCGGUCCGUGCUUACAUAGUGAAGUACAUGUGUUUUGUAAUCAAUUUUACUUAAUGCAUCACUUUGGCAUGCUUUUGCAACUUGUUUAUAUAUUGUUAUCUAUUGGUUCUGUUGUUUGUUUCAUUGUUUUAACUAAUAUGUUUUUUGUCCGGUAGGUCUUUUUGACUUGAGCUUGGCAUCACAUCCAUCAAAAACGUUGGCAAUUCCUACGCCAUCCGAGGCAGAGUUGUUAACAUUUGGAAUUCAACAGCUUUGGGACCAACGUAUCCAAUAUGGUGUGUAGUUGUGAUUUUUCUCCGGCGCUUUCUGUCAUUUGUCCAAGGUAUCAAGCACAUUUGGGAGCUUCUGAUGAAAAAAUAAAUAUGAAAAAGAACAAGGACCCCACAAUAAGAUCUCCCCAAGGAAGCUAAACAUGGUGGCAGUUUUCCUUCCAAGACAUUCAAGACACCAGCAUCUUUGUCCAUCAUUUCCCCUGACAGCUCUUCACAUGAAUUUCCCGGACGAAUGGUUAAGAAAAUAGAUGCAUGAUGAUGUAUCAAAAAUCUGAUUGGCCUCCCUGACCUCGUGAUCGGUUUCGUUGCUUCGCCUCCCUCCACGGCAGCCGAUGCCGCCUUCGUUGAAGCCGAUCGCCGCCCCUCAGGAGAUUUGGAAGAUCGCCAUGGAAGCCGCGCUCGCCUCCGAGGAUGCGGAGCGACCCGAUGGCCUCACUCAACAGCUGGCGGUGGCGGCGAAGUCAGCGGCUGCCUUUUGUCAAGACCAUGGCUACGAUGCGGCUGGCCAGGCUCGCAUGGCCACCCUGGCCGUGGGCGAAGUGGCGCGGCGCUUGCGCGGCGACGUGGAGCUCCGGCAGAGCGCGGCGGGCUUCGCCGCGGCCCAGGAGGCGCAGCGCUUGGGGCUGACGCCCUCCGAGGCGGCCGAGGAGUCGGCAUUGGCACGGCGCCUGGCGGGCGUGCGCAGCGGCGAGGAGGCGCGCACCGUGGUGCAAGGCUCCACCAUGCAUUUCGCCUCGGCGGUGGAAAGCGUUCAGGAGGCCGAGCUUGAAGGCGUCGAAGCGGAUGCGGCGGAGGUCUUGGGCAAGGAUCUGUCGAGCCUGGAGACGCGUUCGAUGUUGAUUGGUGCGGGUGCUGGUAUGGCAGCGCUCUUGAUCUUGCUGCCGCUUUGUGUUGGGAUCUUUUGCUGCGGAGCCUGCUGUGGGAGAAGCAGGACCCGAAAGCCACACACGUCACGAGCUUCCGUGGACUCUGGAGCGGAGAGUGGUGAAGAGACACCAUUGAUGAAGAAUCAGAAGGACGCUUCGCCCACACCUCCGGAUCCAGCGCCCGCGGAUCGCGCAGCUCCACGCGACACAUCGACCGCGGAUGGCAAAGCGCCCAGUCCUCUUUUCCAUCCUUCGCACGGCCUGCAUGGUCUCCACCCCUUUGGCGCUCACCAUCCAGGCACCUCCCUUUUGGCCGGAGGACAUGGGCAUCAGGACUUCCGGCCGUGGCCUCACGCAACGCACCCAGCUCACGCAGCACAUGCACCUCACGUUGGAGGGCGCGCAUGAGGGCUUCGCAGCUUCGCAUGGCCCACGAGGAGGCCGCGGCCCAGGUGACCUGAGGCGGGAUACCUUCUGAACUGUACAUCAUGAGCAGUCUGUGCACGCGUAGUAGUUCUCUUCUCCGGAGGAGUGAUUUAGUGAUUUGUUGAUGGGAUCCGCGAUCCUCAUCGGCUUCGUGAAUUCGAGAUCUCCAUGGCCCACUGGGCGCUCCGCGGGCGACGAAAACCCUCAAACGGAUUUGUGGCAGACCAUGCUGACUGCAGGGCACGGUCCAUGGAGGUUCCUCCAGCGCCGGUCCAGUCUCCUCCAAGAGGCGGCUUGGCUCAGCUCUCUCCAGCAGUCGGUCACGCGUCGCUGGCGGAACAAAAGGACCGGGGUGGCAGCC